UUAAGCGGGAGUAUUUUGUAGUGCCAGUGGCUGUCAUGUCUGGUCGUGGCAAACAAGGAGGCAAGACUCGUGCCAAGGCCAAGUCGCGGUCGUCCCGCGCAGGUCUGCAGUUCCCGGUGGGGCGAGUGCACCGCCUGCUGCGCAAAGGCAACUACGCCGAGCGGGUGGGGGCCGGCGCGCCGGUGUACAUGGCGGCAGUCCUCGAGUACCUGACCGCCGAAAUCCUGGAGCUGGCGGGCAACGCGGCCCGAGACAACAAGAAGACGCGCAUCAUUCCUCGUCACCUGCAGUUGGCCAUUCGUAAUGACGAGGAGCUGAACAAGCUGUUGGGCAAAGUCACCAUCGCCCAGGGCGGCGUUUUGCCGAAUAUUCAGGCCGUGUUGCUCCCCAAGAAGACGGAGAGCCACCACAAGGCGAAGGGCAAGUGAGGCCGGUCUCCGGAAGCCCUCCCAAGCCCCCUACCUGAAGGGGCACCUGUGAAAUCAAAGGCUCUUUUCAGAGCCACCCACGUUUUCAAAUAAGAAGAGUUGUU